AUGACUCUCCCAGAUCAGAGUAAUUUAGUAAGAUGGGGUAAAAGUACCGAAAAAACUUGCUAUAUCUGUGGAAAGGCAGUUGGAACUGCUAAGCAUCUGCUGGUGGGAUGUAAGUUACUCCUGGACAGCGGUCAAUACUCGCGUCGUCACGAUAGGGUUUUAGAAAUCAUACGUGAAGCGGUUAGUCUUUCGGUAGCCAGAGCGCAAAAGGAAAUAACCACAAACGAACGAUCAGUAGAUUUUGUGAGAGAAGGCACUAGGGCUACAAAAUCAAACGUCAAGCCUUACUCCAUCCUUAAAGCGGCGUCGGAUUGGACUAUAAUGAUGGACACGUAUGAAAAGCAAUAUAAAAUCCCCGAGGAUAUUUGUGCGUCGGCCUCCAGACCGGAUAUAUUUUUGUUUUCGCGAAUUUUAAAGCGCGUAGUGAUGAUAGAGCUUACGGUCCCUUGGGAAACCAACAUCCCCAAAGACCAUACCAUCAAGGUCAACAAAUAUUACGAGCUCACAAACGAACUCACUCGAAAUAGGUUCGUAGUAGAUUUGUACGCGGUAGAGGUGGGAGCGAGAGGUAUAACAGCGAAAUCUCUCUACAACCUACUAAAGGACUUGGGCUUGUCCAGAACUCACAUUAAUGCAUUCUUGGAACGUAUAUCGAAGGCAGCCCUAGUAGGUUCUUUUCAAAUUUGGUUAGGUAGAGAGAGGAGCUUGGACAGUGGAGGUGAGCGUAUAACGCGCGUUAGUUAA